ACCAAAACCCCGAUAAUCUAUUUUCGAGCUCUUACUUGUUCCCCUUCUCUCUACCCUAACUCAGCCGGCAUACUUUGGAAAACCCUACCCGACAAAUAUUCGAGUUCCUAACUGACCCCUUAAGCUGCUCCGCAUUAGAAAAUUGUCUUUCUAAUCACAUUUACUGCUGUUUCCGAGCUUCAAAAUGGCAACUGGCCCUGGACUCGAGUCUCUUGUAGAUCAGAUGAUCUCGGUCAUUACCAAUGAUGGACGCAACAUUGUGGGAGUUUUAAAAGGCUUCGACCAGGCCACAAAUAUCAUUCUCGAUGAAUCUCAUGAACGUGUGUACUCAACCAAGGAAGGUGUUCAGCAACUUGUGCUGGGUUUGUACAUAAUAAGAGGCGACAACAUAAGUGUUGUCGGUGAACUGGAUGAAGAGCUUGAUUCUGCUCUCGACUUGUCCAACGUUAGAGCACAUCCUCUGAAGCCUGUUAUCCAUUGAUCAAACUAGGGAAUUUUGUAGAGUUGCUUGGAUCAAGUUCCUAAGAAAACAUGUUAACGAACAUAAAUAUGGUGAUGACAAACCGAACGUGUACUGAUUUUUGGAUGCAUUUCUGUGUCAUAUUUUAGGGGUACAAGUUUUAACUGCGUUCGUAUUGAUCAUGAGCUAGUAUGGAAGGCAAAAAAGUGAAAUGCAAUUUCUAUUCAGGACUCAGUGAUGUU